AAUCAAUUAUAAUUUCCAAAAUCAUCACCAUUAUAUUUCCUUUUUUUCAAAUUGACAGAUGAUGAGUUGACUGAAUUCGCUUAAACUUUUCAUCCGAUCGUCACUAAAUUCAUAUUAAUCAAAGGGUUUACCAAAAAAUCGGAGGGUUUGUAAGGAAUUGAGGAAAGAUGGUGUUGGUAUUGGCAAUAGGGGAUAUGCAUAUACCGCAUAGGGCGCCUGAUCUGCCUGCUAAGUUUAAAUCUAUGCUUGUUCCUGGCAAGAUUCAACAUAUCAUUUGCACCGGUAAUCUUUGUAUCAAAGAAGUUCAUGAUUAUUUGAAAAGCCUAUGUCCAAGUUUGCAUAUUACUCGAGGUGAAUAUGAUGAAGAUUCUCGCUAUCCGGAGACCAAGACACUUACCAUCGGUCAAUUCAAGCUUGGAUUGUGUCAUGGUCAUCAGGUUGUUCCAUGGGGGGAUUUGGAUUCUUUAGCCAUGCUCCAGAGACAGUUGGAUGUUGACAUUCUUGUUAGCGGCCAUACUCAUCAGUUUAAGGCUUACAAACAUGAGGCUGGUGUUGUCAUAAACCCUGGUUCAGCCACUGGUGCAUACAGCAGUGUCACCUAUGAUGUGAAUCCAAGCUUUGUUCUCAUGGACAUUGACGGGUUACGUGUUGUUGUCUACGUUUAUGAACUCAUUGAUGGAGAGGUAAAAGUCGACAAGAUUGAUUUCAAGAAAACAACCACAUCCACUAUAUAAGGUCGCUUAUAGUUAUCCUUUUGUAGCUAACUUCGUUAGGCUUGCUUUAUUUUAUGUUUUCAGAACUGCUUUUCCAUUCUGUGUAUGUGAUCUAUUUCCUGUUCUUUUUUUUCAUCUUUUUUGUUUCGUCUUUCUGUAAGGAUGCUAAUGUUUGAAAUGAUUAAACCCUCUCAGAUUUGGAUUUUUCUUUGGUAAA